UUCUUUGUGCACAAGACCUGCUGCAGAUGAAGUCGUGUCAGGUGACAAACAUCAAUCGUGAAGAUCGCACAGGUGUUUUUAACAGCGAUCACAAACCGAAAGUGUGUUUUAAAGACUUCUGGAUUCUGUUCCUGCAGCACAAGAUCGUCUGAACUACUGUCAUGAUGAGCAUCUGAUCGUCUUCAGAGACACAAAGAUCUCAGUGUUGAGCUGUUCAUCUGCAGUAUGUGAGAGAAGAGAGGAAAGAUGAGUCUCUCACAGAAACAGAGUGUAAGAUCAGGAUCACAUGUGUCUGUGAAGAGUGACCAGUCAAAGCAUGGUGAAAUACCGAACUUCAGUGAGAAAAAAACAUCUAUCAAAAGUGUUAGAUCAGGAUCACAUGUGUCCAGCUCUGUGUCUGUGAAGAGUGACCGGUCAAAGGAUGCAGGACCAGUCUUCAGUGAAGAAACAGCAUCACGAACCAAACGGCUUCAGUAUGAAACAUUAGAUCCAGAUUUACAGUCUCACAGGAACCACAAGAAUUUUACAGACAGUCUCCUGCAGAUUUUCCAGGAUCUUGAGAGCAAAAUAAUCACAUUUCUAAAGAAUGAACUGGAAAAGUUUAAGAAAAUAUUACAAAAAGAGAACUUAGGAUACUUUGUGAAGGACUUUAAUGAGAACAGAUGCAGUAUGAAAGAAGCAGCUCUUGAUCUCACGCUCUACUUCCUGAGAGAGAUGAAGCAAGAUGAAGCUGCUGAUACUCUAGAAGAUGAGCUGUUCUUCAUUCAUCAGCUAAAGUGUAGCCUAAAGAAGAAGUAUCAAUGUGUGUUUGAAGGAAUUGCAAAGCAAGGUGACUCUACACUUCUGAAGAACAUCUACACAGAUCUCUAUAUCACUCAGGGUUGUAGUGAACAGGUCAAUACUGAACAUGAGGUGAGACAGAUUGAAGUUGCUUCCAGAUGUCAUGAAUCACAGGAGAUACAGGUUGAGUGCAAAAAUUUGUUUGAAGCACCUGAAGAAGACAAGCAGAUCAGAACUGUACUGACAAAAGGAGUUUGCUGGAAUCGGAAAAUCAGUCUCUGUGCAGAAAGAGAUUAA